CGCGACCAUCCGCGUAGAGUUCAGCCAGCAUACCUGCCGCGUGCCCUGCACAGGUGAGCGGCUGAGGUGACGCAGCUCAAUGCGGCUGUAAAGCGGCGCAGAGGGUGGAGAUUUAGCGCCAACUGGAAUCUACGCCUCCUGACGUGGAGCUCAUCUGCGCUCUGCGAGGCGCCAGCUCGGAGCAGUUAGCCCGGCCUAAGCUCAGAAUCCCGGGCACCGCGAGCAGGAGAGCACUGGAGGACAGAGAGCACACACCUGGAGAACCCACUGCGGGGUUAAACCUUCUUUUGGAGCUCUCGGCGGAGCAGGGUGAACUUCAAGGGAGGAACUUGAGGUUUGCUCCCACGGACGCUUCCACGGCCCCGACUAUAAUGAGAGGAACACGGGAAGACACAGAAGCGAAGAGUGCUCCUGCCGAGGCCCCCAAACACACCACAGUCCGACCGAGGAAGAGGAAGGCAGAUGUUGCUAUUGUUUUACCGGAUCUGGAUGAGGAGGUAGCAGAGAUGACGAAGAAGAAGAAGCAGCGCGAGUGUGAGCCGGGCUGGAGUCCUGCAGCUGAUCGCGUGAGUCCGCAGAGGUGGAUCUCCACGCCUGAUCAGGAGGAGUGCCCGCUCGUGCCCCUGGUCAACGCCAGCUUUCCUCAUUACAGCUUCCACACCACAUGUGUGACACCCGUGCACCACGCGCCACUGCCCGCGCUCUGCUGGGCCAGUAAGGACGCCGUGUGGAACAACAUGCUGGAGAAGGACAAGUCCUACACCAGAGACGUCCACAUGAUGGACAAACAUCCACACCUGCAGCCCAAGAUGAGGGCCAUCCUCCUGGACUGGCUCAUGGAGGUGAGCGAGGUCUAUAGGCUGCACAGGGAGACGUACCACCUCGCUCAGGACUACUUUGAUCGCUUCAUGGCCACCCAGAGGAACGUCCUCAAAUCCACGCUGCAGCUCGUCGGCAUCACCUGCCUGUUCAUUGCCGCCAAAGUCGAGGAGAUGUAUCCUCCCAAAGUCCACCAGUUUGCCUACGUGACAGACGAGGCCUGCACAGAAGACGAGAUCCUCAGCAUGGAGAUCAUCGUCAUGAAGGAGCUGAAGUGGAGCCUGAGCCCACAGACUCCCGUGUCCUGGCUCAAUGUUUACAUGCAGGUGGCUUACCUGAAGGACGCGGACGAGCUCCUCCUCCCCAGAUACCCGCAGGCCACCUUCACGCACAUCGCAGAGUUGUUGGACCUGUGCAUGCUGGACGUGCGCUGCCUCGAGUUUUCUAACGGCGUUCUCGCUGCUUCGGCGCUCUUUCACUUCUCGUCCCUGGAGCUGGUGGAGAACGUGUCAGCUCUGAAGAGGGUGGAGGUGGAGGAGUGCGUGAGGUGGAUGGUGCCGUUUGCGAUGGCGCUGCGAGAGGUCGGCAGCUCGCCGAUGAAAACGUUCCCGGGAAUCUCUGCGGAUGACAUGCACAACAUCCAGACACACGCCCCCUACGUGACCUGGCUGGAAAAGGCGUACUCCUACCAGGAGGUGGAGCUGCAGUGUCACGGCGGCUGCCCCGUCCCCUCGGGCGUCUUGACUCCGCCCCUGAGCAGCGAGAAGACCGAAGAGCCGGAUCGAGGCGAGGCCACCGUGGUUAAGAUCAGAGCCAGCAUGGAGUCUCCGCCCCCCCAGUAGCAGAGCGCUGCUGACGCCGGCGGGACAGGAAAGCUCGGCGUGUUGGAUUUGAGUUUCAGCUGAGAUUAAAAUUUUAAUUCCAGGGAGGGAAACAGCAGCGAGGAGACGCGUCACCGCCAAGGGGACGUGCUUAAGCUCCGGUCUGAGCGCGAGCAGAAGAGACUUUGUUUUCAUGCUUUUUAUUAGCGGUGCUGCUGAACGCUCGGAUCAAGUCCAACCACGCCUUUAUUUUCUAUGCAGAGGCCAAACUGAGGAGACCUUUAGUGCGAGCGUGCGCGCUUAAAUCUAUUAGUGGCCUCAUUUGCCCCCAAACUAUUUCUAGGGUCGUGUUUGGCUCUACGUGCUGCUAUAAAGUGGGCUGAGCAUGAUGGGAACUGCGUGCGCGUGUGUGUGUGUGCGUGUGCGUGCGUGCGUGCGUGCGUGCGUGCGUGCGUGCGUGCGUUUUCCUUUUUAAUGGGCACAGUGUGGCCAUGUUCUGCUUGGGGACCAGUAGCUUGGCUACCUUGAUGGACAGGUGAACCAGCCGGGCUUCAGAAGCUAAAUGUUGACUGUCUUGAACUUUGACCUUUUUAUCCCAAAAAUGUCUCUACAUGAUUUGUUUUGUUUGUUUUUUAAUGAAAUGCUGCUACAUGGUUUCCAAUAAAGGUUUUUAAGCUCUUUGA